AUGGCCGUAACUAAACGCGCAGGCCGUAAGGCUAAGAAUAAGGACGACGCCCCUUCCGGCUCCUCCGGUGGGAAACAGAAGGUCAAGAAGGCGGUCUUCGAAACUCAAAAGAAGAAGGAAGUAGGGGUUACAGAUCUUACACUCAUAUCAAAGAUAUCGAACGAAGCCAUAAACGAGAAUUUGAAGAAGAGAUUCGAUAAUCGUGAGAUCUAUACAUAUAUCGGUCAUGUGCUCAUCUCUGUCAAUCCUUUCAGAGACCUCGGAAUCUAUACCGAUGAGGUGCUUUCAAGCUACAGGGGGAAGAAUCGGCUUGAGGUACCGCCGCAUGUGUUUGCUGUUGCGGAGAGUGCGUAUUACAACAUGAAUGGAUACAAGGAGAGUCAGUGUAUUAUUAUUUCUGGCGAAUCGGGUGCUGGUAAGACGGAAGCGGCAAAGCGGAUUAUGCAGUACAUCGCUGCAGCGUCUUCGACAUCAUCGACUACUAUUCAGGAGAUCAAAGAUAUGGUCUUAGCUACCAACCCACUUUUGGAAUCAUUCGGGUGUGCCAAGACUCUACGGAACAAUAAUUCUAGUAGACAUGGGAAAUAUCUGGAGAUUCAAUUCAAUGAUCAAGGAGAGCCGGUAGGAGCGAACAUUACGAAUUAUUUAUUAGAAAAGAAUCGAGUUGUUGGACAGAUCAAAGAUGAAAGAAAUUUUCAUAUUUUUUACCAAUAUACAAAAGCGGCCCCUCAGACAUACAGAGAAAUUUUUGGGAUUCAGACUCCUGAUACCUACUUAUACACCUCUAAAUCAAAGUGCCUUGAUGUACCCGGGAUUGACGAUGUUGCGGAAUUUGCGGAUACCAUGAACGCUAUGCGAGUAAUCGGACUUUCACAGGAAGAACAAGACAAUAUUUUCCGUAUGCUUUCAGUUAUUUUAUGGUUGGGCAACAUCCAGUUUGUUGAGGACGAGCAAGGCAAUGGGGCAAUUUCGGACUCCAGCGUCACGGAUUUUGUCGCCUAUCUAUUGGAGGUAGACGGGCCGGCCGUACAUAAAGCCCUGACUAUUAGAAUGAUGGAAACUGGAGGAAGGGGCGGAAGAAGAGGAUCGGUUUACGAGGUGCCUCUCAAUGUGACUCAAGCGACAGCUGUGCGGGAUGCCCUCGGAAAGGCUAUCUACAAUAACUUAUUUGAAUGGAUUGUAGACCGUGUCAAUCUUUCGAUGAGGACCCGCGGACCCGUUGCUCAUACGAUAGGAAUUCUUGAUAUCUACGGAUUCGAAAUUUUUGAGAAUAAUUCGUUCGAGCAGAUUUGCAUCAACUACGUCAAUGAGAAAUUGCAACAAAUCUUUAUCCAACUCACCCUACGGACAGAGCAAGAGGAAUAUGCAAGGGAGCAAAUUACCUGGACCCCCAUCAAGUAUUUUGACAACAAGAUUGUCUGUGAUUUGAUUGAGGAGAAACGACCACCCGGAGUAUUUGCUGCAUUAAAUGACGCCUGUGCAACAGCACAUGCUGAUCCUACGGCUGCAGACGGAACUUUUGUUCAGAGGCUCAAUGCGUUGUCUUCCAACGCACACUUUGAAAACCGCCAAGGACAAUUCCUCAUCAAGCACUACGCUGGAGAUGUCAUGUACACUGUUGCCGGAAUGACCGAGAAGAACAAGGACCAAUUGUUGAAAGAUCUUUUGGAUCUAGUAGGAGGAAGUAGCAAUGGCUUCCUAAAAACAAUUUUCCCUGAUCAGAUCGACCGAGACUCAAAGAGAAGGCCCCCGACAGCAAGCGACAAGAUUAAGUUAUCCGCAAAUGACCUUGUGACCACGUUGAUGAAAGCUCAACCUAGUUAUAUCCGAACCAUCAAGCCCAACCAGAACAAGAGUCCAACGGAGUAUGAUACCCCAGCUGUUUUGCAUCAAGUCAAGUAUCUAGGUCUACAGGAGAACGUCCGUAUUCGACGAGCAGGUUUUGCUUACAGGCAGACAUUCGAGAAAUUCGUUGAACGGUUCUACCUAUUGUCUCCCAAGACCUCAUAUGCUGGUGACUAUACAUGGACAGGCGACGCCAAGUCUGGUACGAUGCAGAUUCUCAAGGACACUUCUAUUCCAAAAGAGGAGUAUCAAAUGGGAGUGACGAAGGCAUUCAUCAAGACCCCCGAAACUCUGUUUGCUCUUGAAACCAUGAGGGACCGGUACUGGCAUAAUAUGGCCAUCAGGAUUCAACGAGCAUGGAGGAACUAUCUCCGAUACAGAGCCGAGUGCGCAACGAGAAUCCAAAGGGCUUGGAGGAAGAAGAGGGGUGGGGAGGCUUUUUUGAAGGUCAGAGACGAAGGCCACAGGAUACUUGCAGGGAGGAAAGAGAGGAGGAGGAUGAGUCUGCUGGGAAGCAGAAGAUUUAUGGGCGACUACCUAGGUAUUGGAAAUAAAGGAGGACCAGGUGAGAUGAUCAGAAAUUCUGUUGGUAUCAGUGCGAAUGAGCUCGUCUUGUUCAGCUGCAGGGGCGAGCUUCUGGUUUCGAAAUUAGGAAGGAGUAGUAAACCAAGCCCGAGGAUGAUUGUUAUGACGAAUAGAGCCAUUUACAUUAUCCUCCAGGCAAUGGUCAAUGGUCAACUGUCUAUUACCGCAGAAAGGACCAUUGUCUUGAGCUCCAUCAAAUUCGUUGGCAUGUCAAACCUAUGUGAUGACUGGUUCUCACUUGGAGUCGGCUCGCCCCAAGAAGCGGAUCCACUCCUGACCUGCAUCUUCAAGACGGAGUUCGUAACUCACUUACGAACCGCUAUGCCCGGUGGUGUCGAUGUACGGGUUGGACCUACGAUAGAAUAUUCGAAAAAGCCAGGCAAAUUAGCAGUCGUCAAGACUGUCAAGGAUCCUAGCGUGCAAAGAGGGGAUCUGUAUAAGAGUAGUACCAUUCACGUAGGGCCUGGGGAACCGCCAAGUAGCAUCUCAAAAGCUACACCAAAGGGCGCCCACGCAGGUAGAUCAGUCCCACGAGCCCAAAAGACUGUCACGCCACAGCCCAGUGCUAGUUCGCAACCGGCGCCUCAUCCAGUACCUCACCCAGUACCUCACCCAGUUGCAGCAAUCAUCAGUAACAGCAACAAAGAAAGCCAUACUCGACAGCCGUCUACCCACUCUAUCCGCGCACCACCACCGCCACCGCCGCCGCCCCCGGUUUCAGACGAACCGACAUGCAAGGCAAUGUAUGACUUCCAAGGGCAAUCCGCUCGGGAGCUGUCCCUUGCUAAAAAUGAUGUCGUUAUUAUCAUUUCGAAGGGAGAGGAAGGAUGGUGGCUCGUUAAGAGAAUGACUGGUACAGAGCAAGGUUGGGCACCAGCUGCAUACCUUGAAGAGUUACCAAGAGCUCCCCCGCCAGCUGUCAGUAGAGCAGUUCCACCACCGCCACCAAUAAAUGGAAGAAAUAGCCCUGUCCCGCCCAGCAAAGCUAAAAAGCCGGCGCCUCCCGCACCGCCGGCAAAGCGACCAAACGUUGGGAGGAAGCCAGCACCUGUAACAGAAGGGGCGGAUAGAUCGAGUUUGACGGAUAGUACGGCGAGUGGGAGCAGUGGGGCUGGGAGCUCUACCACAAGUUUUGCGGGAGGAUUAGCCCAAGCUUUGAUGGAUAGGCAGCAAGCAAUGCGAGGGAAGAAGGACGACGAUGAUGAGUGGUAG